CCAAAAUAUUCUGAAUUUGAAGCUGAAUUAAUUGAAUGGUUUCGAGAAGCUCAAUCUCAGCAAAAAACUGUAAGCCAGUAUAUAAUUCAAGCCAAAGCUCGCACAUUAUAUGCUACAUCUCAUUAUCAAGAAAAAUAUGGAGAAAUACAAAAUAACAAAUUUUUACAAAAAUGA